AUGACGACCUCGUCCAAUCGUGACCAUUUUUUCCAAACUUCUGCUGCCCUCGACGAGCAGCAACGAAAAGACACCAAGUCAGAGAAUGAAAAUGGAAACCCCAUCAAGCUACAGAGCAAGAUUCUAGCGGUUCGAGCAGACCCGUCGCAUCCGGGAUCAAUCUAUGUUGCUCAAAGUAGUGGGACCGUGAGGAGAAUUAUUCUUGGAACAGGAGAAUCUACCGCUCUAUUCAAAGGCCCCACUGCCCCAUUAACCAGUGUUUGUCUCAGUCCUGACGGGAAGCUGCUGUUUGCUGGCUGCUGGGACAAGACUGUCUGGAGUUGGGAUGUAGCCUCAAGAGAGACCCGGCAAAGAUACGAGGGGCACAGUGAUUUCGUGAAAUCUGUGAUCUGUGCCAGACUUGGCGGGGAAGAUCUACUCAUUACCGGCGGCGCCGACGCUCAAGUCCUUGUUUUCAACAUUGCGACUGGACAGCGAACCGAGACCUUCAAGGGCCAUGCGCGAGGCAUCCAGGAUCUCAAUAUUGAUCCGGAGGUGGAUGAAGCUCAGGCUAUUGUCUUCAGUGCAGGCAGUGAUCGAGAGAUUCGCCAAUUCAAGAUAUUUGGAGGUGGCGAUGAUGGAGAACCCCUCCUUCCUCACGAAACCAGUGUAUACAAGCUCUUUUUCGACCAGGACGGGGACCUCUGGACGGCAUCUGCUGAUAAGACAGCCAAGUGCCUCGUGCGCGCGGAUGGAUGGAAAGCGAAUCUUAGCUUAGAGCACCCGGACUUUGUACGUGAUGUGGUGGUGUACGAAGCCGGCGGCUGGGUUGUAACAGCCUGUCGAGACGAGGAGGUACGGGUAUGGAAUCGAUCGACCGGUGAGCUCCAUCACAUCUUCUCAGGUCACUUCGAAGAAGUCACUGGACUUGCUCUCGUUGGAUCGACAGUUGUUAGCGUGGCUAUCGAUGGAACAGUUCGCCAGUGGUCCCUGCGACCUGACGACCUCCAACUGGCCAUUGAUACAGCGAAGAAUGGACCGACCAAGGUAGAAGAGCCUAAGGCGGAAUCAAUGCUCACGGAAGAGGAAGAGCGCGAGUUGGCCGAAUUGAUGGGUGAUGAUUAA